UAUUCACCACAUUUGUCGGAGAAAACUGCGAUCCUGGGAAAGUUGGUGAAGAAAGAUACCAAUUGGAAUUGGUGUCCGGAACACGAAGCUGCAUUUACCGAAAUGAAGAAUAUCAUAACUCAAGUUCCAGGUCCAGUUCUGAAAUUUUACGAUAUUGGUAAACAUGUCACAGUACAA